CGAGCUCGGCGGUGUGGAGCACGCCGGGUUCCGGAGCCGGCUGCCAGAGGGAUGGACGAGACGAGCCCACUUGUGUCCCCCGAGCGGACCCUAGCCCGGGACUUCACCUUCCCGUCGGGCUCGGGAGCUCACUUUCCGCAGGUGCCUGGGGGCGCGGUCCGAGUGGCGGCGGCGGCCGGCUCCGGCCCCUCUCCGCCGGGCUCGCCCGGCCACGACCGGGAGCGGCAGCCACUGCUGGAUCGGGCCCGGGGCGCGGUGGCCCAAGGCCAGACCCAAACCGUGGCGGUGCAGGCCCAAGCCCUGGCAGCCCAGGCCGCGGCGGCGGCGCAUGCCGCGCAGGCCCACCGCGAGCGGAACGAGUUCCCGGAGGACCCCGAGUUCGAGGCGAUGGUGCGGCAGGCCGAGGUGGCCAUCGAGCGCUGCAUCUUCCCGGAGCGCAUCUACCAGGGCUCCAGCGGAAGCUACUUCGUUAAGGACCUUCAGGGGAAGAUCAUUGCUGUCUUCAAACCCAAGAAUGAAGAGCCAUAUGGGCACCUUAAUCCUAAGUGGACCAAGUGGCUGCAGAAGCUAUGUUGUCCUUGCUGCUUUGGCCGUGACUGCCUUGUCCUCAAUCAGGGCUAUCUCUCAGAGGCAGGGGCCAGCCUGGUGGACCAAAAACUGGAACUCAACAUUGUACCCCGUACAAAGGUAGUAUACCUAGCCAGUGAGACCUUCAAUUAUAGUGCCAUUGACCGAGUGAAGUCCAGGGGCAAGCGGCUUGCACUAGAGAAAGUGCCAAAAGUUGGGCAGCGCUUUAACCGCAUCGGGCUACCACCAAAGGUUGGUUCAUUCCAGCUCUUCGUCGAAGGCUACAAAGAUGCGGACUACUGGCUACGGCGUUUUGAAGCAGAACCUCUCCCUGAGAACACUAACCGGCAACUACUGCUGCAAUUUGAGCGGUUGGUGGUGCUGGAUUACAUCAUCCGCAACACUGGUGAGCAACUGCGGAUGGUCCCAUGCCCUGUGCCACACUUCUUUCCUUGCUCUCAGGACACAGACUGGGUGGUGGUGAAGGAGCCAGUCAUCAAGGUGGCUGCCAUAGACAAUGGGCUGGCUUUCCCACUGAAGCAUCCUGACUCCUGGAGGGCAUAUCCUUUUUACUGGGCUUGGUUGCCCCAGGCAAAAGUCCCAUUCUCUCAGGAGAUCAAAGAUCUGAUUCUUCCAAAGAUAUCAGACCCUAACUUCGUCAAGGACUUGGAGGAGGACCUGUAUGAACUCUUCAAGAAAGAUCCUGGUUUCGACAGGGGCCAAUUCCAUAAGCAGAUUGCUGUCAUGCGGGGACAGAUCCUAAACCUGACCCAGGCCCUGAAAGACAACAAGAGUCCCCUGCACCUUGUCCAGAUGCCACCCGUGAUUGUCGAGACGGCCCGUUCCCACCAGCGGUCUGCUAGCGAGUCCUACACACAGAGCUUUCAGAGUCGGAAGCCCUUCUUUUCAUGGUGGUAGCCUGAGGCCGGCAAAGGAAAUACUGUCUGAGACUGGUGGAAGGAAGCCUGGAGAGUGGGUGCAGGAAAGGCCAGAGAACAGCGCCUUUAGGAGCCCUCCCUCUCUGCUCACCACCCUCUCAGGGCUUUCCCACCCACAGGGAGAAGCACAAUCAGGGACAGUGAGUGCUCCUGGGCCCUUCCGAGUGCAGGAGGGAGGGAGAGCAUCUCCCUUCCAGCAUCUCCUGGUGGCAGGCUGGGAAAGUCCCUUGCCUCCCUGACACCCUGCUCUGUCGCAAUUCCCUAUUAUAUUCUGCAUCAGAAAAACAAACAAA